CACGCUUUCAUGGUUGCAAGUCAAGGGGGAGGCUUCCACGAAACUCUUGGCGUCAAUGACAAAGUCAAUGAAGUUCCUAUGUUAACACUUAACACUGUACUUCGUCUUAGUAAACUCAAGCUUUUUGUGAACAACUUAGAUUCCAUGAUCUUUUCUUUGGUGUAAUUCUAUGAUGGGAUUCUCUAACCAAUUCAAAGAUUCAUUUCACCAUGGUCUUAUUGCUGGCUAUUGUUUCACUGCAACUUUUAUCAUUGUUUUUUAUAUUUCCUAUUGUCUACCCACACAACUUAUGAAGAAGAGAAAAAAUAAGAACCUUCAACGUAAGAAAACAAGAGAGAUGCGCAAAUUACCUUAUCAGAACGCAAAACAGAAACUAAAGAAAGUUGGACAAAAAGACAAAAUGUUGCAUGUGGGGUUGUUAGAGCUGAAAAGAAUACAGAUCAAUAAAGUUGGAAGACUAAGUUAUAGAAUAAACUUCACAAAAGUCUGUCAUGCAACAAAAGACUUUAGCAAGGACAAUGUCAUUGGGGUAGGAGUGAUUGGAAUAAUGUACAAGGCAACACUUCCCAACGGUUGUUUCUUGGCAGUUAAGAGACUACAUGAUUCACAAUUAUCUAUUAAAAGGUUCGAGUUAGAAAUAAUGCUAUCGGGACAAUACAGUCACAGAAACAUAGUUCCCUUGAUUGGUUUUUGCAUAGAAGAACAAAAUGAAAGAAUUUUGGUGUAUCAGUACAUGCCAAAUGGAAAACUUUCUGAUUGGUUGAAUGAUGAUACUACAAAACUAGGAUGGUCAAGAGUUAUCAAAAUUGCACUUGGAGUAGCAAGAGGUUUAUGUUGCUUCCAUCAUGGCUUGCAUAUGGUUCACCUUAGAAUAAGUUCCGAGUGUAUCUUGUUAGGGAACAGUUUUGAGCCAAAAAUAUCCAAUGUUGGAGCGGCUAUUAUGAAUAAUGAUGUGAACAAAAACAUAGGACUUAUGAAAAAGGAUGUUUAUGACUUUGGUUGUUUGCUUUUUGAGUUGAUUAAGGGGAAGAAAAUUGGCCAAAUAAGUGAUGGUUUAAGCAAUAUUACUAGAGUUCCUUUUACGACAUACCCGAAUCUGAAUCCUAUGAACUUAUUGGAGGACUAUUCUAGUUUCUAUGAUGUAAUGGAUGAACCUAUAAACAAGAAAGAAUUUGAAGAUGAGGUGUCUGCUCUUCUUAGAAUUGCCUGUGAUUGUGUUCAUCCUCUCCUUGAACAAAGACCUACUAUGCUUGAGGUGUAUAGCAAGAUGGGUAACAUAUGGGAAAGAGAUGAGAUUUGUGAAGAUCUUGACAUUGUUACUUCUACUACAAGUAGAGACACCAAUAGUUUUGGUAGUGAGUGAUUCUGGCAAGUCAAUGCCUAAAAAAAUAUGCCAACCAAGGUUGGUUGGAGCAUGUAUCUACUAUUACUACUAAUGAGAACUCAUGCCUAACCAAUUUGGAUUGCUGCAUAAGAUUAAUAUCUCUAAUGACACUAUUUGUGUAACCAUUAGUUUAAUUCAAAUGUCACUCAUGAUACCAUGAAGGUCAUCAGUAACAUGUUAGGAUUUGUUGAAAAUAUACAUGUUGAAAAAAUCUUGCAUUGUUUAAUUUUGUAAAGAAAGAGAAAGUUUAAAACUAUAUAAAGAAUUCAAGUUAUUCGUUACAAAAUGCAUCAAUCAAAAACACUUUAAACUUGUAUUUGGAUUUUUAUAUUUUCUUUUAUACUCUUGUGUUAAAGUGUUGUGAGAUUUUUUUUGUGAGAUGUGGGUAUAUCGGAAGCCUUGGGGUGGUUUAGGGUGACUUAUGUGUUGUAACAAUUUUUACGGUGUUAUUUUGUGGCUGUCAUUUGACAACGAUCAUGGUUUUUUCUCCGAUUUUAGAGUUUUCACAUUAUGCUUGUGUUGUUAUUUUGUUCCUUUUUUCCUAAGAUUGUUUUUCCGAACAAAUGGUUUAGUAUGCUUUGUAGUUGCAGUUUUGUCUGAUCUUCCACAUUAGAAAAAAAUUGUAUACUUUGUGUUGGUUGGGAAAAAACAUUCGCUGCAAGAAAGGUUUUGGCUGCAGUGUCAAGUUUUUCAAGUGCACUGAGGCUUAACUUAGAAAAAUUUGAUGGAAGAAUCAAUUUUGCCUUGUGAAAAAUUCAAGUCAAAGAUAUUUUGAUAGAAUUAGGAUUACACAAUUCGUUGAAAGGAAACAUUUUCAGAAUGGAUAAUGAGAAGUGGAAGAAACUAGAUUUGAGAGCUUCGAGUACUAUCUGCAUAUCUCUGCUAAGAAUAUUUUUGUAAAUGUUAUUGGUAUGUCUCCUGCCAAAGAGAAUUAGGGGAAAUUUGAUGUGAAAUAUUAAGAAAAUGGUAUUUAAAUUAGUUUUUGUUGAAGGAAAAGUCUCAUAACUUGCGUAUGGAUGAACAUAAGUAUCUGACCAUUGUAUUGUUCUCAAUGGUGCGGUUUAUAAAUUAGAAAAUAUUAGAGUUAAGAUUUAUGAUGAAGAUAAAGCUUUGAGACUCAUAUGGUAUCUUCCAUCUCUUCCUAUGAGCAUAUUAAACUUGUUUUGAUAUAUGUGAAAGAAACUAAGUUUUGAAGAAAUUACUAGUAAGACUAUUUUUUAUGAAAGAAGAUUGAAGGGUGAGGAUAAUUCAUUUCAUCAAACUCAUUGUUGGUUGCUAAAUCUUAUGUGAAGAAAAACAAUAAAAUGGGUGCGAGAUGUU